AUGAAUAACAGUAUUAUAACUGAGUUUAUGAUUCUGGGGUUCAGCCAAAAUCCUGAACUCCAGGGAGUUCUCUUCAUUGUCUUUCUCCUUAUCUAUCUUGUGGCUUUUCUUGGCAAUUUGAUCAUUGUCAUUACCAUAAUCUAUAACACCACCCUACAUACCCCCAUGUAUGUUCUCCUUCUAUCACUGGCUAUUAUAGACAUCAUCUGCACAACAAGCAUAAUACCCAAGAUGCUUGGGACCAUGUUAACAUCAGGAAGGACCAUUUCAUACGGAGGCUGCACAUCCCAGCUCUUCUUCUUUACAUGGUCCCUGGGAGCUGAAAUGGUUCUUUUCACCACCAUGGCCUAUGACCUCUAUGUGGCCAUCUGUUUCCCUCUUCACUACAGCACUGUCAUGAACCACCAUAUGUGCAUGGCCUUACUCAGCAUUGUCAUGGCUAUUGCAGUCACCAAUGCCUGGGUACACACAGGUCUCAUCCUGAAGCUGACCUUCUGUGGACCAAAUACCAUUGACCACUUCUUCUGUGAGAUACCCCCACUUCUGUCUUUGUCCUGCAGCCCUGUGAAAGCCAAUGAGGUGAUGGUCUAUAUUGCAGAUAUUACCCUGGCAGUGGGCAACUUCUCCCUCACCUGCAUCUCCUGUGCUUUUAUCAUUGCUGCCAUUCUCCGCAUCCACACAGCAGCAGGCAAGAGAAAGGCCUUUUUGACAUGCUCAUCCCACCUAAUAGUGGUGUCCCUUUACUAUUGCCCUGUAAUCUACACCUGCAUCUGCCCUGCUUCCAGCUACACAUUUGAAAGAGACAAGGUGGUAGCUGCACUCUAUACUCUUGUGACCCCCACAUUGAACCCCGUUGUGUAG